AUGGUCGCCCUUGCUCUCCCUCGACGCCAGAAAGACUCCGGCUCCGGCUCCGGCGAAAACACUCCUUCGUCCGAGGCGCCUCCUCCCCUCGCUGCUGUCCAUGCUGCCUCGUUCAGCGGUCGCCCUUCUCAUGACUUCGCUCGUCCGGAAGGCGUUGCUGAUCCAGAACGCGUCAAACCCAAGCGCUCAUCCAGCUUCGGACGCGGUCUUGGCCAGUUCGCCUCCUUGACCAGCGCCAAACCCAAGGCCGUCGACAUCAUGUCUUUUGGCAGAACAAAGUCUGGCGCUUCUACGCCUCAGUCGCCCUCUCUCGUUCCCGCUACCGACAAUGUUACUGGCGCUGCCGCCGUCUUGGCCAACGCCGGCGCUUCCACCGCUACCAUCAUGGGGCCACCUUCCACGCCGGACCCUUCUCACCUCACCCACUUCUCCCUGCGACUCAGCGAACUCGUCAACAAGGCCUUCGUCCCCUGCACCGCCGGCGCUGCUCCCCCCGCCAGCACCACCUCGGUCGCGUCCAACGUAGCUGCCGCCACCAAGGGCCCCACCGCGCCCAAGAUCAACAACAUCACCUAUGAAGGAAAGCAUCUUCCUGACAAGGCCAAGAUCAUCGAGAUUGCACAGACCGUCGUUGGUGAGCUCCGCUACGCCGAGGCCGUAGACGCUUACCUGCUGCGUGCCGUCUCGCGUCAGAUCCUCAAGGCACUCACUCUUUUUGCCGCUCGCAUCGACUCGCUUCUGGUCUCGCCCAGCAAGGAUCCCGGUGCAAUUCGCAUCCCCACCAAUGCAAAGGAAGGCCUCUACCUCCCUGCUGCCAUGGAGUUCAACCUUGGCCUGGUUACCCUCGAGUGGAUCGUGGAGGACAGCUUGGAGCGAUGCAUCGAAGGCGACCGCGAUGCGCACGGUGAGCUCAUCGCCGAUGAGAAUGGCGCCGUUCAUGACGGAAUGCCUCACUUUGUUUUCGAGAUCCUCACUCCCGUUCGUAAGAGGAUGGAGGGCACCAUCCUGCACAUCAUUCAGCCCAUCUUGGCCCAGACCAAGCAGUCCAUGGCUCGAUGCAUCUCCACCGCCGUGCCCACUCCUUUCGUCAGCCCAGUCACCCUCUCGCCCGCUACUACCUCGGCGAAUGGCAAAGGUGCUGCUACAGCUCCUGCGACUGCAGCCGGGGACAGCGGCGCUGUCUCGCCUCCCGUGUCAGCGGCUGCAUCGACUACGGCACUUCUCGCCACCACCCCCGGCAACGUCUCUCCACCCCUUCGCCUCGGCGAGACGGGCCCUGGAUCGGCAUGGUUGCGCGAGCUCGAUGGCCGCCUCGAAGGCGCUCGCAAGCUUUUGCUGCCUCGCAUCGAAGAGCGUUGUGGUCAGGAUGGCGAAGGCUGGUUCAUUUCGGUGGCCAUUCACACCAUCUGGAAGGGCCUCAUGAUCCUCACCGCCCGCUCCGUUUCGCUGCCCAGCAAUGCCGCCGUCGAGCUGCUCGCCGGCAGCAAUGCUGCCAGCACCUCUGCCUUCGACCGUCUCAUGUGUGAGGUCCAGCAGAAGCGCAGCCCAUCCCCUGCUCAAUUGGCCAGCGCCCUCAAGGCCGUUGGCGUUGGAUCGGCGCGUAGUAAGAGUCGCAGCAACGAACCUGCCAGCCAUUGCUUCGAGUCCGGCCGUCAGAGCCCCUCGCACUGUGCUGCCUCUGGCAUGAGUUCUAUCGCUCCCUUCUCGCUCGUCAGCGCCCGCCUUUGCGCCCAUCAGCUCGCCGAGUUGCAGACUUUCGAGAAGCUCAUGCUUCGAUUUUGCGAUGGAUUUCUGCGAAAGCCUGGGACUCAGUCCAAGAAGACGGCCAAGGUAGCCAAACGAUCCCGUUUUGCACUCUUCUCGUCCGGUGGCGCAAGCUUGGGUGGGGCUGGCGUCCAGCCUACUCUGGAUCUCUCGGCUUACGAUCCGGACGAGGAGGACGAGCUGGCGCGUGCUGCGCUCGCCGAGGCUAUGCACGCACUGCGCAGCACCAUCAUCGUGCUGCAGUCGCUCGAGCGCGAGCCCGCCACCAUCUGUGCUGGCCUUGAGCAGCUCAAGAGCCUUCCAGGUGCUGACGGUGCUGACGCGUCCAGCACGGCUGCUUCGGCUGCUCUGGGCACCGAAGCCGCUAAAGCGCUCGAUGCGAUUCCCAACCUGCUGCUUCUCCACAUUCUCUACAAUCGGCUGCCGCUGGGGAUCGGUCGACUUGAACUGCCCUCGCCUCCGGCGCUGUUUGGCUACACUUGGACCGACUACGCGAAGGCCAUCGCUGGUUUUGCUGGCGGUGAGCAGUGGGCUCAAGCUGUGGCUCUGCGCUACAAGCCCGAGAUCGAAAAAGCUUGGAGGUCGAUCGCGAUCCGAAAGGAUGAGAAGCUAGCUGCCUUGGAGCAGAAGUUGGCUCAGGGUGGCAAGGCUGGGGCUGCACGUGGUGCGCGCUCGGCGUCUGGGACCUUGACCAGGACCAAAUCGUCGCUCGCACGAGGAGGGUCGCUGCACUCGGAGGAGGAGGACGAUGACGAUGAUGGUGAUGCAGAUGGCGACGUACCUGAAGCCAUGUCGCAGUCGGUACCGGAGCUGCAGAAGCCCAACAAGGUAAGCGACAGCAGCGAUGACCAUCUGAGUGGAGGUGAUGGCGUCGGUAGCGUUGGCGGUGGCGUUGGUUUCAGUCGGGGUCGCCUUUCGCCGGGUCACUCGCCUCGACGCAGCUCGACUCUAGCUCACCCAGCUAUGGCUGAAGCUGCUGCUGCUACCACCGCAGCUAGUGGAUCGACGCCCAGAUUCUGGCGCCGAAGCACGUCGAACGGACGCACGGGCUUCCACCUGUCUUUCUCCGGGCUGCGUGCUACCUCUCCGCGCACUGAGAGCCCUUCGACCCCACCCAUGACGAGCGCGACUGCCAACGAUCCGCUCGCUGCAGCGAAUGCGCUCACGUCGUCGCCUCCCGCCUCGACGCCGACACUGAUUGGCAGCCCGGCGGCAGAGACGUUUGGCUCGCCCCCUCGCGCCGCUACUUCCGCUGGGUCGGAGGUGGAAGUGGUCGAGGCGGAGAAGGUGCUUUUGGAGGCCAAGCUCGAGAAGCGCUCGUUGGGCGUGUUUGCGACCGCACUUAUGUAUGCCGGUCGUGGAUCGGUGAGUAUUGAGCUGCGUUGA